AUAAAAAAAACUUGCUUGUCAAUGAAAACCAUCUGUUACUUUGACAGAAAAUUGUGAAGAAAAGCGCACGUGAGAAUUAGAAAAUCAGAUUAAAACGCUACAAGAAAAAUAAUGGACACUUCAGCAAAUGAAGCUAGAAAAAGGAAAAUUGUUAUUGCAAUAGAUGGAAGUAAAACGGCGGAGCAUGCAUUCAAGUGGUAUGUGGAAACAAUACACGAGAAAGGAGAUUUUGUCAUUGCCUUGUAUACCCCAGAGUUUAAAAACCUUACACAUAUAUCUUGCAUGGCGUCACAUAUGUCUAUAAUGACGGCAGAUCCAGCACUGAUGACAAAUUUGAUAGAGGAAGAGCAAAAACACACACGUAAACUCAUUGCUGAAAUACAGGAGCUGAUGAAACAAGCUGAUGUAGAAGGUACUGUAAAAUCAAUGAUUGGAAUGCCCGGGGAUCAGAUUGUCAAGGUAGCGGAAGAGGAAGGAGCUGCUUUUAUCAUUACCGGAAGUCGUGGACUAGGGACUUUACGGAGAACAUUUUUAGGUAGUGUCAGUGACUUUAUUGUGCAUCAUGCAACAGUUCCAGUGUUCGUGUGUAAACCGGAAACACAAGGUGACAUGACCUAAACGGUGAAGCGUUAUAUUUGGUAAAGUGUGAAACAAAUGAUUCGAUGGGGCAAAAUGACUGGUAGCCCUAUAUAUUUGAAUUAUUCAUGUAGAAUAACAGAAUUUUAGCAAAGUGGUGUGUUAUGAAUUUUACUCAUUAUUUUAGUUGAUAUUGUAAAAAUUAUGAUAGUGUUAUUGAUGAUUAAAUAUUU